AGACAAGUCCACUGAGAAGCCGAAGAUAAUGGUAAUGGUGGUCAUCUAAAUAGGACUUUUCUUCAGUCCUAUCCCAAACUACGUUAAGAUUAGUACCAGAAGCGACAAUGAUCACUCGCUUUCCCCACUGAACUAGCGGAGAAAACUUGUUUUGCAUUAUGCACUUCCUUGUUGUCUUAUAGACUAAACAUUUUCUGCACGCCCGUUAUGAAGCGAUUGAACCGGCAAACAGCAAACCUCCAGUGUAAGAAAAUAAAACAAGUUUCCUACCCUAACCAAAAAGUGACUCGUCCAAGUGCAUAAGUGCGCAGGAGGGCGCUAUGCACUCGCAAACUUCGCAUUGACCGUUUAGUUGUCUCGGAACGACGCUUGAGGAAAGUAAACUUUCAUUCACCCAAUUCGAGUCCUUUCGAACCGUCAACAAUAUGAGUAUCGAAUAUCGACCACUGGAGAAGAGCAUCAGCGAGCGGUUGGAUAAAUAUUUCGGCAAGAAGAACGCCUACAUUGAAGUCAAUCCUGGGCGCGCGCUCCUUUCUCCGUAUUUUCAAAACCUCGGAAGGGAUAUUUUGGAUCUGGAGAUCCGCAAGGAUGACUGUUGGCUGCUGUCCUAUCCACGAACGGGUUCGACCUGGGCACAGGAGAUGAUUUGGUUGCUGGGGAACAAUUUGGAUUACGAGGGGGCAAAAGCCCUUCAACAGGUUAGAACGCCGCUACUGGAAGUAUCGGCUCUCUUCCCCGGUGAUGUUGAAGAUGUCAUAACCAAACACGAGAAGGUGAAUUCGGUCACCUGUGUCCACAACAUGCAGAGCCCUCGCUACGUUAAAUCCCAUCUUCCUUGGGAGCUUCUUCCCACCCAAAUGGACGUCGUUCGACCCAAGAUAAUCUACAUUGUGAGAAAUCCCAAAGACUUGUGCGUAUCCUAUUAUCACUUCUGGCGAAUGAGCCAGAGGGUAAAUGGCGAAUUCGAAGAAUUCUGCGAGCUCUUCCUCUCCGAUAACGUUCCGUACGGGUCAAUGUGGACGCACAUGCUUUCUUUCUGGAACCGUCGCCAUCAGUCCAACAUUUUGUUUCUCAAGUACGAAGAUAUGAAACGGAAUUUGCCCACCAUAAUAGAGAAAUGCGCUCGAUUCUUGGAAAUCGACCGUCAAUUCACCGACCAGGAAGUGCAGCGACUGUGCGAACAUUUGCAGUUUGAUCGCAUGCAACGCAAUCCAGCGGUCAAUCUGGAAUCGCUUCUGAAGAUAUCGGGAGAGGUCACGGAUGAAACCAGCCUGAAAUUCAUUCGCAAAGGAGCAAUUGGCGAUUGGAAGAACUAUAUGAGUGAUGAGCUUUCGGAGCGUUUCAAUGUUUGGAUUAGAAAAAAUUCCGAAGGAACAGGACUGGAAUUUGAUUACGAAUAGUGGCACGGAAGGUGUGAACCGUAUAUAUGUACUGCAAAAAUGUUGAUUUUCGAAUAAAGCCAGUGUUGG